AUGAUUCUCCUCGAGGACAGCUCUCAAGAGCUCCAGGAGCCUCCUCGGGAGCAUUGGGCCUGUCUCCCCGAGCUCCCUCUAUUCUCUGGGCCGACCGUUCCGACCCUUGGACGCCGGUUUUUCAAGCAUUCUCCCACCACCAUCCUGAAACUUGGAGCGGACCAUGGCGAGGGCAUCAUGACGGCGCUCGCCCAUUUCAUCCUGGGCCCCUGCGUCCCGCGCGUCAUCAGCAUCGUCACGGUCUCGGUGACAACCUCGGGCGUCUCGGGGUCCAACCGCACCAGGCAUGGCCUCGUCCUCACGCACCAGCCAGGCACGCCACUCGUCCAGCUCUGGCCCUCGCUCACGCUUCCGCAGCGCGCCGCCGUCAAGGCAGAGCUCUGCCGGCUUCUGGUGCUCAUGCGUGCCCGCCGCUUCUCCUACUACGGACGACCCACGCGACAGCCGUACAUCUUCGUCACAGAGUUGGGCACAGAGACGUUUGCCAGCUGCGCCUCCCGCGCAGAGUGGGACGACUCGCGCGUCCACGCGCUGCAGAACAAUACCACGGACGCCGAACGUGCAGCCCACCUCGAGCGAGUGCAGCGUGGCACCGCCGCCGGCGCGGGUGGUUGGGACCGUCCUGUGCUCACGCAUGGGGACUUGUCUGACCGGAAUAUCCUCGUGGAUCCGGACACGCUCGCGGUGACGGGCUUUAUAGACUGGGAAAUGGCCAACAUCAUGCCCGCUUACUUUGAGUACGUCGCGGCACGACUGUCUGGGGGCCAUCAGCCGGCGUGGAGGAAGGAGCUGUUGGAUGUGCUGAGGUCUGUUUUGCGCUGCGAGUGCGACACUGGGUGCCAGGGAGACGUGGGUGCUGCCAAUCUUGAUCAAGAAUACGACGUAUAUGGGAGGACGUUGGCGGCGUGGGAUGCUGUUGUUGAUGUCGAGAGAAUCGCGCAGGGAUAUGAUGACGACUGUGCAUGGACUUUUAAUACUUGA